CCCCGGCGCCAUCACCGGCCCCAUCACCGGCCCCAUCACCGGCCCCGCAGCCAUGGCCAGCCCCCAGCGCCGCGGCUCCAGGCGCUAUCCCGACCGGUCCCCCAUGGGCCUUCAGCCGGGCGAGCGGAGCGAUGGUCCUGCCUGCACACCGGUACAACGAGUCCUGUUGGCGCUCACCAUCCCGCUGGAAUCGCUGCAGAUGGUCAAGGCCCGCAUGAUGCUGGCCAUGAACAAGGGGCUGAACCGCCAGACACAUGCACAGGCCACCGUGAAAAUGCUGCCCACCUACAUCUGCUCCACACCCAACGGCACGGAGAAUGGCAAUGUGCUGGUGGUGGAGCUGCGCCAGAGCCAUGUCCGGACCCUAUUGAUGACCCUCAUGGGUGACGGAAACUACAGCCCCGAACUGUCGGACCACACCUUUGACAUGCCAGAGGACCUCAUGCAGGGCACGGGGGAGGCGCUCUUUGACUUCAUUGCACAAUGCGUGCGCCAGUUUCUGGGUGAUGAGUGCCACUCCAAAAAUCAUCUCCCCUUGGGCUUCGUCUUCCCCUUCAGCUGCAGGCAGACACGGCUGGACAAGGCUGAACUCAUCUCCUGGUCCAAGGGCUUCAGCUGCAGUGACGUGGAGGGGAAGGACGUUGUGCAGUUGCUGCAGUCGGCCAUCAACAAGCAGGAGCUCUCUCAAGUAGAAGUUGUUGCCCUGAUGAAUGACACUGUGGGCACCAUGAUGACCUGCAGCACGAGGGAGACACCCUGUGAGGUUGCCUUGAUCGUGGACAAGGGCACCAACAGCUGCUUCAUGGCUGACGUACAGUACGUGCAGACAGUGGAGGAGACCAGUGGGCGGAUGUGUGUCAACACUGAGUGGGGCUGCUUUGGGGACGAUGGCGCCUUGGAUGACAUCCUGACCCCCUACGACCAGCAUGUGGACGAGGAAUCCUCCAACCCUGGGGUGAAGAGGUUUGAGAAGCUGGUGGGCAGCCUGUACCUGGGGGAUGUUGUCCGGCAUGCGCUGAUCGCCCUGGCUGCAGAGAAAGCGCUCUUCAUUGGGAGCAAUGUCACCGUCCUGGGAACCAAGGGUGUGCUCACGACCCAGCAAGUGUUGGAGAUCAUCAGCUCUGAGGAAGGCAUGACCAAGGCAAGGACGACGCUGGAGGCUCUGGGGCUGCGGCCGAGCGAGCGGGAUUGCUGCCGGGUGCAGCAGGUCUGCCGGGCGGUGCUGAGCCGCGCUGCCGCCCUCUGCGCUGCCGGCCUGGCCGCCAUCCUCAGCCUCAUACGCCAGAGCCGGGGGCUGGAGCGGUUGAUGAUCAACGUGGCAGUGGAUGGUGAAUUGUACCAGCCCCAAGGGAGGUUUAAGGAGAUCCUGCACACCGUGACAGGGCUGCUGGCCCCCGAGUGCCUGAUCAACUUCAAGCUCUCGGAGGAUGGGACCGGGCGGGGGGCAGCGAUGGUGACAGCGGUGGCUUUGCGCCUGACGGACCAGCGCCGAGAGGUGAACCAGCUGCUGGCCCCGCUGCGGCUCACCCGCGCCGACCUGGAGCGUGUCCAGGCACUGAUGAGGCAGGAGAUGGACCUAGGGUUGGGCCAGGAGACCAAUGCCAGUGCCUCCGUCCGUAUGCUGCCCACCUACGUCCGUGGCACACCCGAUGGCACCGAGCAAGGUGAAUUCCUGGCAUUGGACCUGGGGGGGACCAAUUUCCGGGUGCUGGUGGUACGUGUGGCAGAGAAAAGCAUCCAAAUAGCCAGCCAGAUCUACGUCAUCCCAACCAACAUCAUGCAGGGCACCGGCGAGGCGCUCUUCGACCACAUCGUUGACUGUAUCAUGGACUUCCAGAUGAGGCAGGACCUGAAGGGGCAGGUCCUGCCGCUCGGCUUCACCUUCUCCUUCCCCUGCAAGCAGCUGGGCCUGGAUAAGGCAGUGCUGCUGAACUGGACCAAGGGCUUCAGCGCCUCAGACUGUGUGGGGAAGGAUGUGGUCCAGCUGCUGCAGGAGGCUGCCCAGCGCAAACAGUACUUAGCACUGAAGGUGGUGGCUGUGGUCAACGACACGGUGGGAACCAUGAUGUCCUGUGGCUAUGAUGACCCCAAAUGUGAAAUUGGCCUCAUCGUGGGGACAGGGACCAAUGCCUGCUACAUGGAGGAGAUGCAGAAUGUGGGCACAGUGGAGGGGGAGCAGGGCCGCAUGUGCAUCAACAUGGAGUGGGGGGCCUUCGGGGACAACGGCUGCCUGGAUCACCUCUUCACCGAAUUUGACCAGAUGGUGGAUGAGAAAACAAUCAACCCGGGCAAGCAGAGGUUUGAGAAACUCAUCAGUGGCAUGUACCUGGGUGAGAUCGUACGCCAUAUCCUACUGGCGCUGGUGGAGAAAAGCAUCCUGUUCCAGGACAAGACCUGCCCCACACUCCAGAACAGGGACAUCUUCAAGACCAAGUUCCUCUCCACCAUUGAGAUCGAUGGGCUGGCCCUGACGAAGGUACAGGCCAUCCUGUGGGACCUGGGGCUCCAGGCCAACUUCGAGGAGUGUUCGCUGGUGCGGGAGGUGUGCCAGACCGUGUCCCUGCGGGCGGCCCAGCUCUGCGCCGCCGGCCUGGCCGCCGUGGUGGAGAAGAUGCGGGAGAACCGGGGGCUGGGCCAGCUGGCUGUCACCGUGGGCGUGGAUGGCACCUUGUAUAAGAUGCACCCAUGCUUCUCCCAGCACCUCCAGCAGACGCUGCAGGACCUGGCGCCCAACUGCGUCGUCACCUUCCUGCCGUCGGAGGAUGGCUCGGGGAAAGGGGCUGCCCUUGUGGCAGCCGUGGCUGUCCGUGGGGCUGAGUCCUAG